UCCCGCAUCCCUGCUCCCCGCUCGCAGUUGCAGGCGCAGAAGCUGCGCCUGGCGCACAGCCGGGGCCCCUAUUACAGCGGCUCCCUUCCCAACGUCAACCAGCUGGGCAGCGGCAUUCCCGACUUCCAGGGCCCGCUUCAUUCCCCGCUGGAUUCCCCCCGGAGCACCCGGCACCACGGCCUGGUGGAGCGGGUGCAGCGGGAUCCGCGCCGGAUGGUGUCCCCGCUGCGCCGCUACGUGCGCCAGAUCGACAGCUCUCCCUAUGGACCCACGUACCUGUCGCCCCCCCCCGAGCCCAGCUGGAGGAGGACCAUGCCCUGGGGGAACUUCCCGAUGGAAAAGGGCCACUUGUUCCGCCUGCCCUCGGCUCUCAACAGGACGAAUUCCGACUCCGCUCUGCACACGAGCGCCCUCAACCCCGGCCCCCAGGACCCCUUCCUGGGCCCCACACAGGGACCCCCCGCGCCCGGGCGCCGCGGUUUCCUGGAUGGGGAUGCAGACAGCAAAGUGUUCCUUUUCCAAGUGCCUCCCAUCGAAGAGACCUUCGAUGAUCCCAAGCCUCCGCUGAAGCCCUGGGACACGCGGAAGCUCUCCUCCUCCUCCGCCCGGCCACGCUCCUGCGAGGUCCCUGGGAUCCACGUCUUCCCAUCGCCGGAUCCCGCCGCCUCGGUGCCCCUCAUCCCGCCCGCCCUGGGCACGGGGGGGUCCCUGCCCGACCUCAGCAGCCUGCACUUCCCGUCCCCGCUGCCCACCCCGCUGGACCCCGAGGAGAGCCCCUUCCCCAGCCUCGGCAGCACCGGCAACCUCGCCACCACCAUGACCCACCUGGGCAUCAGCGGCUCCGUGGCGCUGCCGCCCGCCUACGAAUCCCAGG